GGUAGGAGAGGUUGUUGUUGUUGAGCGGAUUGUUGUCAUGUCCCCGCAGUGCCUGUAGUGGUGCUGUGAGGAGUCUGCUGUGGAUCCAACAAAAAUCCUCAGCAGCCUACCUACUGCUUGUAAUUUGCUCUGGAUAGCCUAUAUUUACAUGCAUCCUUAUUUCAAGAUAUACCGAGCUCGAUGAAGAUCGCUGUUACUAUCCUAUCUCUAAUAUCGAUGCACAAAUAGCCUAGCGGAUUCUAAUAGACAUUUCGGCCGUCUAUCUGGAGCGAAUACCUUACACAGCCCAUACCAAUUCAAGCUGAUGUUGUCAAGGACAAGAGUCACGUGAUGUAUGAAGGCAAACACAUACACUUCUCAGAGGUGGACAAUAAGCCGUUGUGCUCAUACAGCCCAAAGCUCUGCAAGCAGCGCAGACUAAAUGGCUAUGCUUUCUGUAUCCGGCACGUCCUGGAGGAUAAGACAGCCCCCUUCAAGCAAUGUGAAUAUGUGGCCAAGUACAACAGCCAGCGGUGUACCAACCCCAUCCCCAAGGCUGAGGACCGCAGAUACUGUAACAGCCACCUGCAGGUUCUGGGCUUUAUCCCCAAGAAGGAACGGAAAAAGAAACAUGAUGCUUUGGAGGAUAUGCGCUCCCGGGCUCACCUGGAGUCGGUGGCUCUCAACAUAACUGUGCCCUCUCUAGCUCUGAAAACUUCCAAUGGUCUAGGUGAACUUCCGCCGUCUCCCCCCUGUACACGUCUGUUACCCCUCCCUGAUGGAGAGCUACUGGACCCUUUUGCCUUUUACGAGGACGACACGGAUGGGGAGGAGGUGGGCACUCCUCGGAAGGGCAGCGCCAUCAAGAAGAAACUACAGAGUCGCCUUGUGCUCAACCAGAAACUCUGCCAUGACACGGACCUCUUCCAGCCACCUCUUGAGCACUUUACUCCCUCGCCUGUCCCCCAUGUCCACCCCUCCUCGCCGCUCAACACUCAUCUCCCACGGCAGCAGUCAGGUCUUCUUCAGCCGCCCCAGCACUCGAGCGUGACAUCUUCAAUCUUCCCCGGACAGCAGCAGGGUUUAUUAUGCAAUCCACCACCACCUCAGACGGUCAACUUUCUGCCUCCACGGAUACCCGCUAAUGCAGCACCCAGUCCAGUGCAACCUUCUGGGCCAUCACUCAGCAGGAAAAUGCCUUUCACUGCUACUCACUUGCCUGUCAGUUGCAAGGACAGUGGCAGUAACAAUCAGCGGCAUGUGGUUGUCAUGCGUCCCGCUGCCUUCUCACCUUCUGCCAGCUGCCUGGCCAGGUUGCAACAUCUGGUGCAGCUCUGUGCCAAGAGACACCGGGAGCACGGAGACCUCUUUCCUCAUUUAGGAUUGGACUGGUCAGAAGACAGUGCUGAUGAUGAUGAUGAUGAUGAUGAUGAAGAGGAGGCGGAGUCAUGUAUUCCAUUCCAGAGCUCUUGGAGACCACAGAAUGGGUUGGAAGACGACAGUGGUUCCUCGCGGAGAACGCGGCUACUUAGGCUUUGCUCGUACCUCCAGGAGAAAUACAAGCACAUGUGCAGGGAGGAGAGGGCGAGUAUCCGCCAAAAGAGAUACCGCUAUGCCUUCCGCAAAGCCUUGCUGCACGCCGCCAGUAACAACCCAGACUGUGCCGGGCAGCUGAUCCAGGAGUUACGUGGUGCCUCUCGAAGCUCCUCAAGUGCGGCUCCAGCAAGGCAGCAGAACACAGAUACGGGGACCUGCACUGGCAGCACAAAGGGCCAGGUCUGCAACAACAGGGCUCUGCCCUUCACUCAACACUGCUUUCAGCACAUCCUGUUGAAUCGUUCCCAGCAGCUCUUUGCUAGCUGCACAGCCAAAUUUGCAGAUGGUCAGCAGUGCUCCAUCCCCGUGUUUGAUAUCACACACCAGACACCACUCUGUGAAGAGCAUGCCAAAAAAAUGGUAAGAAUGGGGACUUAUUGCCCACCACGGAGGAGGCUGAGGAGCUGGUGCGUGCACUGCAGGCUAUGGGGUCCUACCCAGACUCUUUGGUGUGCUUGACCUCCAUGGGAGACCUGGCGCCCUCUGAAGGAGUGGACCACCGCGCCUUGACUGUGUUCCCUGGUCCGGUCCAGCCGGGGGGCAUGGGGGACCUGCUCAACAGCCGCAUCCCUACAGAGAACUUCACCAGCCUCGAGCUGGAGGACAAUCUACUGCAGUCCACCGGGGGUCACUUCCCCCCGUCGCCGCCAUCUCAGCCCCCAAACCAGCCCCCAACGUCGUGCUCCAACCUGACCUCGUCUUCUUCUACAGUAGCCCCCCCCACCACCUCCCUGCUCACUCAGACCUCCAUAACAGAGCGAACGUUUUCCCGGACACACCCAUCCCAUGUGCUGGCCAAGUCGGACGCACCCACAACAUCUCCCCAAGGCAGCCACUACAGCAGUGAGCACGUGCCAUCCCCAUACAGUGACCACAUAUCUUCUCCCCAUGCCAGCUCCUUCCAGACAGACACCCCUCUGCUGCUGGAAGUCCCCCUCAGCGGGGUACCAGGACCCCCACGCUCAACAUGGAACAAUCUCGCUCUCCCCCUCACCGACCCCACGCAGUUUGGCAAUCUCAUAGGAUCCGAAAGUCAUCUAAUAUCCACCUCCCUGUCCACUCCCCCGGCCACCACCCACUCUGUGACGCUGCAGCCCAUGGCUGCGCUCUCAGCGAUGCCCCAGAGUGGUUUGACGGGUUUAUCGACUUCCCCUGCCCCCUCAUCCUCCCUCCCAUCCUCUUCACAUGAUCUUUUGACCUCCACACAGCCCAAGCAACAGCUCCCUCAGUUCAGCGCUGCCUUUGGCCAUCAAUUGGCCUCCCACAGUGGCAUCCCAAAAGACGUGCAGCCCAGUCACAGCUCCACAGCACCCCCCGCUGGCUUUUCCAUAGUUAGUGCCACCGCUGUAAGUGCCAACAGCGCCACACCACCCUUCACGCAAAGUAAAUGAGAGCAGGCGGCCUGCAGAGGCUGCGCGAUGGUUUCGUGGACUCAGUCACUUACAAUCCAGGCGACUGGCUUUCUGACUGACCACCCUUCUUCAUCUGCUACAUGUGUGCAAUGUGGUAAUAGUGCACUAUUUGAUAAUGAAUUUGCACAACCUCAGAUUUUCCUCGACAUUUUCUAUUUUCGUUCUUUUAUUCUGCAGCCAGACGGUCUCCGGGAUUUUAAGUCAGUGUGAGUCCACUCGUUUGAUGCCUUGUGGUUUCGUCAGCAGGGGCUAACAGUCAGAUUUUAUGGUGAAAUUAAUGGGUGAAGAUUGGCGGAAGGACCUUAGCAGAGAUUAUGUGUCACAGUGCUCAGAGUUCAUUGACGUAGAAGCCUCAAUCAGUGGUCGCGUUGUUUGCUUUGCCAGUUCAGUCCUGUCUUUAAAUGAUCAACUGUACCCUGCCUUGCUCAGAUGGUCAUUGCGUUUUUAUUUUUCCACCUGUUCCAUACACUGCUUCACCCUCUGAAAAAGAAGAGUACAGGUUGUGACACGUGACCCAUUAUGUUUCAAGCUAUUUAACUGUUAUCAUGAUAUAGAAUCUUACUGAGUCAGAUUUCACAGUCAUAUAAAUUUACCAAAAUACUUUUAAACAGCUGUUUUUAUAUUGUGUAUACUGUAUAUGUGCUCAUUUAUUGGUUUGCUCAGAUGUCAAAAUCUCUGACCUCACCAUUGGUUGUGGGACUCUGAGUGGCCUAGUAGACACUUGAAGGUAAAUAUAGUUUCUUAAAGCAAUAAACACAUUAACAUAACUCUAGCAUUGUAAGGUAUUUUAUUGGUCUCAUUACAUGUAGCUUCACUUGCUGAAACCAGGCUGGAUCAGGAAUAUAUUUUGGUCUCUAUAACUGUUGUAAACUGUUUUUUUUUAUUUUACAACAGUUUCACUCAGAACCAGAGCCUAUAGAGACCAGUGAUCAGGUCAGCCUAACUCCUUCUCUCGGGUCACACCGGGUGGAUUUUUUUUAAGGCUAAUAAAUGAGUUUCAGUGUUAAUGUUAGGGGUGAUGAUGGCGAAAUCCAGGGACUUUUAAGUGUCUACUUUCAAAGGUGCUCUCUGGUCCACAUACACAAUGGUCAUUAAUGACUUUCAUGUCUCAUAAAAGGCUAAAUCAGUUUCAGGACUCCAAGGAAACCCACUUUAAUAGGUCAAGGCCAGACGAACCAGAGAAGGUGUUAGGUAGUAAUUUAAAUGGCUUAAAUUGGUGUGUUGAGCAUGUCUGAGGUAAAGCAAAGUAGGUUUUACUCUAAAAACUCUAUUAUAAAGUGAUUUUUAAGCUAAAUGAUGCAAACUUGGGGUCUGAUUUGAUUUUUUUAUAAAAAUGAGAACUGCCACCCGAGGGCUCGUCCCCUGUCUGUUAAUGACUCAUACAGCAGUACAACCAUUUUUAAUAAAUAUUAUAUUAGACAUUUGACAGAUUGUCAGACAUUGUUGAGUAUUAGGUAUAUAGAGUAGCAGUCUCUAUCUUGGGGUUUGUUGGUGAAUUAUUGAGUAGCAAUGGAUUGAAAUUGUUAUUUGCAAUGUAUUCAGUGGAACCUGUGUCUUGUGGAAUGAGUCUCUUCGCUUUUUAAUGGCUAUCAAAAUGUUUGUUAAGUUCUCUUUGAAUUUGGAGGGAUCAAUGUUUGUAUGCCGUGUAUGCUGUCAUUCUGUUUUUAAAGAAUAUCCUGAUGGAGAAUAUUUUUGAUAGCUAUUAAACUCCAGGAAGAAGUCUGAGAUCGCAUGGGGGCAUCAACCUUCUGUGUGAGAGCGUUAUAAUAUUAUUAGAUUAUGGUCACUGGCUUGAUUGUCGGCAGUAUGAAACAUAGGAAUAUAUGCAUUGCCAUUUCAUUUUGUGGAGAAAAACAGAUUGACGUACAGUAUGUUGUUUUUCGACAUGGAUUUGCACAGGAGUGGAUGAGGCCGGUGGAGUUUCAUAUGUCCCGUGUCUGUCUUGCCUUUUUUUUUUUUUUUCCCC